AAGACUGAUGGAGAAGUCCAGAGAAUCUAUAACACAAACAUGUUGAGGAUCUUGUUGUUGAGUGUGCUGGCCGCCCUUGCUCUGGCUGAGCCCAGAUACCUCGAGGAUCAGGCCGUGGAGAGGGUCGUCGGUGGAGAGGUGGCAAGACCCAACUCCUGGCCCUGGCAGAUCUCUCUCCAGUACCUGUCUGGUGGCAGCUACUAUCACACCUGUGGUGGAACUCUGAUCAGGCAAGGAUGGGUGAUGACCGCCGCCCACUGCGUUGACACCUCAAGAACUUGGCGCGUUGUCCUGGGAGACCACGACAUCUACAACCACGAGGGUCGCGAGCAAUACAUGAGCGUCAGUCGAGUCUACGUCCACCCCAACUGGAACAGCAACAAUGUGGCCUCUGGUUAUGACAUCGCUCUCCUCCGUCUGUCAUCUGAUGCUUCUCUGAACUCAUACGUGCAGUUGGCAUCACUGCCCCCUUCAGGACAGGUUCUGCCCAACAACAACCCCUGUUACAUCACUGGCUGGGGCCGCACACAGACUGGUGGUCAGCUCUCUGCUCAGCUGAAACAGGCGAGUCUGCCCGUGGUGGACCAGCAGACAUGUUCUCGUAGUGACUGGUGGGGCAGCACCGUUAAGAACACCAUGGUCUGUGCUGGUGGUGGCAGUCUGUCUGGAUGCCAGGGCGACUCUGGCGGUCCUCUGAACUGUCUGGUCAGCGGUCAGUAUUACGUUCAUGGAGUGACCAGUUUUGUGUCGUCUUCGGGUUGUAACACACCGAAGAAACCGACUGUCUUCACUCGAGUGUCUGCAUACAUCAGCUGGAUCAACGGAAUCAUUGGAUAAAGUGGAAAUAUUUAGACUUCCUCUGUAGGAUUUUAUGUGCAGUUCCAAAAAAUAAACUUUACAUGUGA